AUGGACAUUGUCAUGUCCUCCCCUCCCACGCACGACCUCAGGGCGUCGCUCAUUGACCCUCUCUCUCUCUCUCUCGCUCACAGCGUGCCACACUACCCAGACGAGGACACCAAGCUGCGGGCGUCAAGCCUGGAAGUCAGACGCGGUGGCAACGGCGCAAACUCGCUAGAGGUGCUCCAGCAGCUCAUCGUACGUCCUGGCGACGGCCGCCGCCUGCACCUGGUGGCGUGCUUGCCCAGGAAGGACAGCCUGGCGACGCAGCAGGUAAUGCGCUCGUUUGGCCGCGUCGCCACGCCCGUGAGCUUCCGGCAUUGCGUCUACCGCGACGAGGCCACCGAGGCGGCGAGCAGCUACAUCAUACGGAGCGACCGCACAGGUAGCCGCACGCUGGUCAACUACAACCCGCUCGCGGAGAUGACGGUCGCCGAGUUCGAAAUCAUCGCCCGCGACUUUCCACCCGAGGGCAAGUCUUGGUGGCACUUUGAGGGCCGCAUACCGGACACCACGCUGGAAUGCAUUCGCAUCUUGCGAAGCGUCUUACCGGGAUGUAAAAUCAGCGUCGAGGUCGAGAAGCCAGGCAGAGAGGGGCUGCGUGAGCUGGCCGCCGAGGUAGAUGUCGUCUUCUACUCCAAAGCGUGGACAGAGGAUAACGGAUAUGAUUCCGCAAUGGCUUGUCUCACGACUGAGCCGAGAGGGCAAGCAUCCCUGUCCCUGUGCCCUUGGGGAGCUGGCGGCGCCUAUGCAAUAUCUCACGUAUCUGGGGACCAGAUUCACUGUCCUGUCAAGCAACAGCCCGAACAAAUUACCGUGGUCGAGUAG